AUGAAGUUCCUUAGUCUUCUAUCUCUUGCGAUCCUCUCUGUCUCCUCAACACUGGCUGAUAUUAUCCCUCCGGUAUACUAUCCCUCUGAUGGGACAUACUUCAUUUACAACGCACAAUUCAAAGCCGUUUUUGAUAAUGAUGGGUCUGUCAUUGCAGAAGGCAAUCCCAUUCUCGGUUACCCUGCACACCCACAGCAGAAUCCCCAAAAUCAGCAGUGGAUAGUGGAGGCAGUGGGCAACACGAGUAACCAUCAGGUCACAAUGCGUGUAGUAUUGACUGCUCGGCAAAACCCCUCUGCCGGCGGAUAUGCCACCAAUGUCAAUGGAAAGAUCGUGCAUAGCAAGACCGCAGAAGCUUGGACCCUGCAAGCAGCCCCGAAUGCAUGUUCUCAAUUCAUGUUUGUUGAAAAUAAUACGGCAAUAACACUGGACGGAAGCGGAGACCAAUUGACAGUUGCUGAUAUAAACCAGAAUGCUACAAGCCAACACUGGGUUUUCGUCCCUAUCGAUCAAAUUAAUGAUUUUUUGUCGGAGAAUGGAUCCGCUUGAAUAAGGGACUUGGGACAAGCCGGUGGGCAAAGCAUAGUACCAUUCCUCGCGUCUGUGAUGCGAUGUUCGACCGAGCUGCAGUAUUAUGAAUGUAGUGUAAUGCGCAAUCAUUACUCG